AUGGUCAGAAUUAUUCCCGCCUUCCUCAAGUCCGUCCCUUCCAGCCUCCUCCACACCACUCCCCAGCCCUUCUCCAACCUCCGCUACGCCCAAGACUUCUCCGCCCUCGUCCGAAGCCUCUCCAGAAACCUCAAUAACCCGCGUCUCCUCGCCGCCCUCGACUGUGUCCUAGCCAAAACCCCCCUCCUCGACUCCACCACUUCCGUUCUGGUGCUCCGCGGCCUCUCCCACUGCAAGAAGCUCACCCGAGCCAAGACCGUCCUCUCCGGCCUCAAGGAGCGGGGCACCAUCCCGGAGCCUUUCCUCUAUAGCCUCGUCCUCCAGUGCCUCGUCCCCGAAAGCCCAAUCCGGGACGUGGAAUCCGUUUGGAGGGAUAUCGGAUCAGGACCAUCCGAUCGAUGCAUGGACGCUUUGGAUUUCGUUGUCUACCUCUGCCGCCGCGGCGAAGACGCCGCCGAGAUCGAGCGGGUCUACCACCGGGUUUCGUCGAGCCGGUGGGAUUUGAGACGGGAGGGAUACGUUGCUCUGAUCGGUGCAAUUUGUGAGGGAAAUAAUCCCAAUCCUCGUUUGGCGAGGAACGUUUUGAGGGAAAUGGAGGAGAAAGGAUUCGAGGCCGAUGAGUUGACUUACUUUUCUUUGUUCCGGAGCUUCUGCCGGACUGGAAAUGUAUUGGAAGCUGAUUCGGUGUUAAGGAGUUUGGUAGAUCGGUGGGAUCAUGAAUUGGAUAUCUCGGUCUAUGGGAAUUUCUUCUAUGGCCUGUGUAAAUCGGGCCGAUGGAGGGAGGCACGUAAACUGUUUGAUAAAUUGUCGAAGAAAGAUGGAAGACUUGAAGUGAAUCCCUCUCCACGUCUGAAACCGGGGAGGAGGAUCAUCUUCCAAUUUAGUCCUUCAAAUAAGGUUACCAAAGUGAUGGCAUUUGAGGCCUAUGUCCGGUCGCUUUGUAGUGCCGGGAGGGUGGAGGAUGCUGAGAGGAUGUUGAAGGAGGCAGCGAGGAAGAACGCCGUGCUGGAGAUUUGUGUAUACCGGUCAUAUAUAGAGGCUUUGUUCCGAGCAGGUAGAGUCGACGAUGCUAUCGGGUUUUUCGAAGCUGAAAAGAGGAAAAGGCAUAUAGAGGUUGGAGGCAUGGCAGUGGCUGUGAUAGAAGGUCUUUGCAAAAGGGGUAGAGUGGAUGAAGGCUGUCAGCUUCUUUGUGAGAUAUUGGAUGAGGGGUUCGUUCCAACUGCUAAGGUUUGGAAUUGGAUAGUAGAAAGUUACUGGGAAGAAGGAAGGGUUGCGGAAGCGACUGGUUUGUUUGAUAGAAUGAGAGAUGGGAGCUGUGGCGGCGGUUCGAGGCCUGAUGCCUCAACAUAUAGUGUGAUGAUCCAUGGGUUUCUAAAGAAGGGGGAUGGCAUGACAGCGAUCUCACUUCUUGAAGAUAUGGCUCGGGAGAAAAUGCCUGUGAACUUCAGCUUAUGCAGUGCUGUUGCUCUAAGUUUCCAUGCACAAGGAAAAUUUGAGGAGUUGAACAGCUAUUUGAACAAAAUGAUUGAAAAUGGCAUCUUGGUCUCAUAUGCCGCAUGGGAAUCGUUGUUCGAGUCUGUGACAAUCAGAAACGAGGAUGAUGUUUUACCAGAAUUAUGA